AUGAGACUACUAUUCUCACCUCUAGCCGUUAUUUUCGGCGUCCCGUUGGCAGCAGGCUACCUCGUGGCCCCUCCAGGAACUGCUUUUCCAGGUACUAUCUCAACUUGCAGUGCAUGGGUUGCGUACAGCACGGGCCUUACAUGUGACGAGAUUGAAAGCACCUAUGGACUUACUGCGGCUGAAUUUGCUGCAUGGAACCCGGACUCUGCUUUGACCGGCUCUUGUUCACUUAUGAGUGGCUUCGACUAUUGCGUUCAGGUCAAUUAUGGCACGGCCUCUUCUUCAACUUCUGCUACGUCGACAUCGAGCACUUCAUCCAUUCCAACUACCUUUGUCACCACAACAACCACAUCGGCAGGAAAUGGCGUAUCUACACCCACUCCAACUCAAGUCGGAAUGGUUGAAAACUGCAACAGCUUCUAUAUGGUAGUCAGCGGUGAUACCUGCGCCAGCAUUGCUGCCGCAGCCGGAAUUUCUCAGGCUGAUUUCUAUGAUUGGAACUCCGGUGUCGGCAGUGGCUGCUCAUCUCUCUGGCUUGGAUACUAUGUCUGCACUGGCGUGAUCGGAUCUACCCCCACAACGACUGCGGUGACCACAACUUCAGCUGGGAACGGAGUUACCACUCCGACUCCUACCCAGGCCGGUAUGGUCGAUGACUGCAAUGGGUUCCAUCUGGUGGCCAGCGGCGAUUCUUGUCAAACCAUCGCUACCGCUGCAGGAAUUGCCCUCGCAGAUUUCUAUGAUUGGAAUUCCGGUGUUGGUAGUGGCUGCUCAUCUCUCUGGCUUGCAUACUAUGUCUGCACUGGCGUGAUCGGAUCUACCCCCACAACGACUGCGGUGACCACAACUUCAGCUGGCAACGGAGUUACCACUCCAACUCCGAUCCAACCCGGAAUGGUUAGUAACUGCAACAAAUUCCACGAUGUUGUUAGUGGCGACGGUUGCCAGACCAUUGCCAAUGCGGCAGGUAUUACUUUGACCCAGUUUGAAACAUGGAACACCGAAGUGGGCAGUAGCUGCUCUACAUUGUGGUUGGGAUAUUACGUUUGUAUUGGGAUCCUUUAG